AUUCUUCUCCCCUGUUUGUGUUCGGCGGAGGGCAGCCUGCUCUCCCAGAUACACCUCGUGCCGAAACCCCUCGCAUCCUGGAAAAAAACUCUCUCUCUCCGGAAUCGUUUGGCCUCCAGAUCCUAGCCAGGUGGCGGCGAUCGCGUGCCGCCGGACGUCGUCCGUUUCUGGCGUCUCGUGCAGGAGGCGCGCCGCCGCCGGCGGCUUGAUCACGCCGCUGGAGGAACGCCGAUCGUCCCUGCCUCUGUUUCGUCGCAUCCGGCGGCUCACUUAGUUAGGAUGGAACUAUCAAGGAUUUCCACAGAAAAAUUUGAUGAUGCAGUUAAAUCCAUGACUGAUGCUGGUUUCUUGAAGGAAACUGUUGAACAAGCACUGAAAAAACUGAUAAUAUUAUAUGAGGAAAACUGGGAGCAUAUAGAAGCUGAUAAUUAUUCGACUUUGGUUGAAGCUUUACUUGGUCAUUCAGAUCCCAAACAGGCAGGGCAGAAAAAGCGAGCUGAGAAGAAUCUCAAUGUGGAUUCAGACCAUUAUAAUAAGAAGCUGAAGAUUAAAGGUGGUCAGACGCCUAGAUCUAGUAUGCAUGGCAGUGCCAAGAAAGAGUUGACUGAAGAGGCAGAUUCCCUUGAGGAGAGAACCACUGGUAACCAAUUGCAAACCAGUCGUGCAGAGACUACAAUAACUGGUGAAAACAGUUGUACUUUACUUGAAAGUCAAGACCCUUGCACCUCUGAGACCCCAACAGUCAUGUGUCCUAAAGUUUUAGGGUCCAACCGUCACAAUGGCAUCAAAAGACAGUACCAUGAUGUCAAUGAUAUAACAAGAGGCGAAGAAUGUGUGAGCAUUCCAAUAGUCUGUGGAGAGGAUGGGGUUCUUCCUCCUCCAUUUCACUACAUAUCACAAAAUACCACCUUCCAAGAUGCCUGUAUCAACCUCUCACUUGCUAGAAUUGGAGAUGAAAAUUGCUGUUCUGGUUGUUUUGGGGAUUGUCUAGCGGAGCCACUUCCUUGCGCUUGUGCAAGAGAAACUGGCGGAGACUUUGCUUAUACGAGAGAUGGCCUGCUUAAAGAAGGAUUUCUAGAUGCGUGUGUCUCAAUGCUCCGGGAACCACUUAAACAACCGCACUUCUACUGUAAGGGUGUCUGUCCUAUUGAGCAAAUAAUGAAGGGAGUCAGCUCAGCGAAACCUGAUGCUUGUAAAGGGCACCUUAUUAAGAAGUUUAUCAAGGAAUGCUGGAUAAAAUGCGGCUGCACCAGAAAUUGUGGAAACCGUGUGGUUCAGCGAGGCAUUACUCGCAAACUGCAGGUGUUUUUAGCUUCUCGGAAAAAGGGAUGGGGCUUGCGUUCUGCUGAAAAUCUUCCUCGUGGUGCUUUUGUAUGCGAGUAUGUUGGUGAAAUAUUAACAAACACUGAACUACAUAAGCGAAACACUGAGCUAUAUGGAAAAAAUAAUAAAAAGGCUGGUAAAGCAAGGCAUACAUACCCUGUGAAUCUCGAUGCUGACUGGGGCACUGAAGGUGUUCUAAAUGACGAGGAAGCCCUUUGCCUAGAUGGUACCUUUUAUGGGAACGUGGCGAGGUUUAUGAACCAUAGGUGCAUUGAUGGUAACAUCAUCGCAAUUCCUGUUGAAGUUGAGACGCCUGACCACCACUACUAUCAUCUGGCAUUCUUCACAACGAGGGAAGUAGAGGCUUUUGAAGAAUUGACAUGGGACUAUGGAAUUGAUUUUGAUGAUGUCAACCAUCCUGUAAAAGCAUUCAAAUGCCAUUGUGGAAGCACAUUUUGUCGGGGAAGAUAAAAGACCUAUCUCAGGAGGAUGUAAAUCUCUGGUGUUGUCCUGAGAAUAUUCAAGGCUCGUGGCGGGUUCUUUUGGACCAUCCUACUUAUUGCAAUGCUUUGCGUGCUAAAAGACACCAUACGAGCUACCCUGAUUCGAUCAAUCUCCAAAUAGCAGGGUUUAUCGUGUAAUAGCGUUACCGUUUAGCCUCAGCUGUUUAUCGUGUAGUCUACAUUUUAAAACAGUGUUUUGCACGGCUAUAUGCAUAUCACGCUGCAGACGGCCUAAGACUAGGAUUAUGCGCUAUUACUCUAAAAAGCUACUCCGGUUCAUGAGCUCCUUGUCUGUUUGGAAACCCGGUCUGUUCUUGCACGCUUUUUUUUGACAUGGCAGAAAUUGUCUC